UCAGUUCGCGACAAACACUCGGACGAUGCGCAACGCUGKCGAAAAUGCAAUUUCGGAAGCGCUAAGUGAUCGCAAAGACGCCAAAACUUAUAUAGAAAAUAUAUAGUGCAGUGAAAAARUUGURGUGUUGAAAGAAAAUAUACACGGAUAUAUAAUAAUUUAUGAAAAAAGCUUUAAAAAAUUAAGUAAUUAAACAAAAGUAAUAUUUAAAUUAAAAUUAAUAAAAGCUUUGCUUUGUAUUUGAAAUCGGAACCAUAACUAGAAAAAGUAUCAAAAGCAACUUUAAAAAAAUUAAUUAAAAAAUCAAGUGAAUCUACAAUGACACCAGCGAUUUCAACCACAAUCCACCUUAUCGCAUUUGUGGUUUUCUUUGUGGUGGCGAGUUCAGCUUUGACGACCUUGCAUAAUACUGUAGAACCUGCCGAGUUAAAACGUAACGAUUUGGCGAGAAGAUUUCUGGAAAAUGACACCGUUUUAUUAGCUUGUGAUAAUCAUUUUUCAUUUCAGUACGUGCGUUGGUACAAAGAGGAUCAAUUAAUUGUCGAUUCACGCGACAGCAAUGAGACAUUAACGCCCGAUCGCAUACGACUUUGGUCUAACGGUAGUUUACAAAUUGCGCAGUUACAACCGAUGGAUACGGGCGAUUACAGUUGCGCAUUGAAAACCGACAAUGACACGGAAGUGCAGAAAAUGCACAGCAUAAUAGUACAAUAUCCGCCGACGGUUAAGACAGAACCGGAAGGUAUUGUCGAAUUUCCAAUCGGCGCAGUUUUUCAAGUAAUCUGUGAAGCUCGCGGCGUGCCACAGCCCAAAUUGUAUUGGCGCUGGAAUGGCAAAUUGGUGGAUAAUCAACUGAUCGGCAAUCGUUUGAGUAUGCAAAUCGAAGUGGGUUCGCGUGCGCAAACCGGGCCGAUCGAGUGUGUGGCCAACAAUAGCAUAGGUGAACUUGCGGUGGCCGGCAUGUUUUUGAGAGUGCAAUUUCCACCAGAGGUGCGUUUGGAAAGAAAUAUAAUCUACACUAAAGUCGGCAUACGCAGCGAUUUGGAGUGCCUGAUCGAGGCAGUGCCACGCGCAAGUGUUAACUGGUUUCACCAUGGCGUACCGAUGACCUACGAUUCCCGAAUAAGUCGCUAUGAGCUCGAAAUGCAACCGAAUGUUUCAAAUCUGCAAUACAACACUGUCAUUAAACAUACAUUGUCUAUUAGAAAUGUGCGCGACUCAGAUCUCGGUUUGUAUGAGUGUCGCGCCGAGAAUAAAUUGGGUUUCAAGAGCGCGGCAAUCGAUUUGACUGGACGUCCCAUGCCGUGUGUCUUCAAAAUCAAUCCAGGCGUGCAAAGUUCAACCUCACAUGUGCUGGUAUGGCAGACGGAAAGCUUGUCGGCGUUAAUGGAGUUCAAGUUAAAAUUCAGACAGAUACCAUCAGCAAGCAUUACACCACAAACUUUGGACAUUGAUUUCAAAACUGAUUGGACUAUUUUGACCAUACCAUCAGAGCUAUCUGCGGGACCCAUUCAUAUCACAACAUACACCUUACACGGUCUACAACCAGCAAGUGUCUACGAGGUGGUAGUGUUCGCACGCAACCACUUUGGUUGGAGUGAGAGCAGCAAAAUUGUGAGAUUCGCAACGGGUGGUGAAGUUGAAUUGCCAAAUUACUCCACGGAAUCGGAGUUGGAUAGCAACGAGGAGCAGUCGUCUUUAGAAAUUGUGGAGCAGCCGGAGGAAGACUCAGUGCAUUUGAAUGAAAUUUAUGAAAGCAGAAUUAUUACCUCGGCAGCGGCCAAUGUAUGGCGGUUUAUGAAYUUAGCAAGUUUCAUGGCAUUUGCUUAUGUAAAAUAUGUAUUGAUAUGAUAUUUUAAGCUAAAUAUAUAAUAAUAACAAAAAGUUUAAA